AUGGCAGCUGUCCUAGAUGCACCCUGCUUGUCAGAGCUCAGUGGACUCUCUCACAAGAACAUCAGCCUCGUCUCUGGAAGUCGGCCCUGCAACCGGAGCACUAUCCGGACCACAAGCUACUCACCACAAGCCACUGCAGCUUUUGCUAUUGCCAUCACUUUUAUGAUGCUCUUGACCAUAGUCGGGAACAUCCUGGUCAUCAUCGCGGUCCUAACAUCCCGAUCUCUAAAGGGGGCACAGAACCUCUUCCUGGUCUCACUGGCAGCAGCAGACAUAUUAGUUGCUACGCUUAUUAUUCCCUUUUCAUUGGCAAAUGAGUUGCAGGGCUACUGGGCAUUCAGUUCCAUUUGGUGUGAGAUUUAUCUGGCACUGGAUGUUCUCUUCUGCACAUCCUCCAUUGUGCACCUUUGUGCAAUAGCUCUGGACCGUUACCUGUCCAUCUCUCGACCUGUGUCUUACGGCACCAAACGUACAUCCAUACGCAUCAAGGUGGCCAUUAUCAUAGUCUGGCUGAUUUCUGCAGUCAUCUCAUUCCCUCCUCUCCUCACUCUAGACAAGAGUGAAGGAGGUGAAGAGACGUGUGAACUAAACAGCGAACGCUGGUAUAUUCUCUACUCUACCAUCGGCUCAUUCUUUGCCCCCUGUGUGAUUAUGAUUCUGGUUUACAUGAAGAUUUAUCAAAUUGCUAAGCAGCAUACUCGUCACCCACCUGGACAAAAGCACAAAACUUUGGCGGGAGUAAAUGUCGGUGUAGGAGACAAUGAGCAUGUGGGAAAGUCACCUGAGCAAUUCCAAAAAGAUGGGAACCAUGAAAGUCCGACUGCAUGCCAACAAAAAAUAGUCUACACAACAUCCCCAUCUGAUUCGACACAGUCAUCGCUUAAAAAGCCAGUCAAAGAAACCAAUAAGCAUCACCCUUCUCGUUCAAGUACUGUUCAAAACCCCCCUUCAGUUCUACAAUGUGAAAGCCCAGGACUUCCAGAUGUUCCCCACAUGGAGUCCCAAAAACAUCUAGAUUCAGGAGAUAACACACAUCCUGAUAACACCUCCAGCUCUGGGUCUGAUGCUGAUUUGGAAAUUGAUGAGGGAGGCCAUCAAACAGAAGAGGCCAAACAAAAUGAAAACAAGUCUGACGAACAAACUUUUGGGUUUUCCCAAAACGAAAGAAACAAAAAUCAGGUUUCGAGUCUGGCUGGCAGAUACAAAAACACCAUGACCACAACAUCUGGAACCACAGUGGUACCUGAGGACAUGUUGAAGUCUCAGGGGACACCUAUUUCCCGGCGUAAGGCCAUGGUGAACAGGGAGAAGAGGUUCACGUUUGUUCUGGCUGUAGUAAUGGGGGUGUUUGUCAUCUGCUGGUUCCCCUUUUUCUUUUCUUACUCUCUGAAGGCCGUGUGCCCCAAGACUUGCAGCAUACCUAAACCUCUGUUUAAAUUCUUCUUCUGGAUUGGCUACUGUAACUCUUGUCUCAACCCUGUCAUUUAUACCAUCUUCAACAAAGACUUCAGGAGGGCCUUCAAGAGGAUACUUUACAGAGACACAAAGGGUACAUUCUUUUAG